AUGAUCAAGCAAGACAACCCUUGUACUGCCCAAGUCAAGGCUCAACCCCAGGGGCAGCCGUUCCAGACGGGCACCUUGACCGUUGCCGACUGCUCGCGGCUGAGCUCACAGCAAACGCUGGCGCAGCAGCACAACGACCCCGAGGAGGUGCAUCAGAUCGACGAGCAGCUGGGGAACCUGGUGGUGGAGGCAGGUGGUGGGUCUUGUGCAGCGAUGCCCGUCGUCGAGGACAAGGUUGCAGACCGGCUGGCGCGCGUGAACAAGCGCAACCGCAAGGCAAACAUGGAGGCAGUGCGGCUUGUGGAGCUUGUUGAGGCGGGGCGGAGGCAGCAGAAGCGGAAGGGACUGCAUGCGAAGCUGGACUCAUCUAGGCCACAGACACUGGGCGUGGACACGCCGGGGACGGAUGAGGCGCUGAAGGCAGAUGGGAAAACGUUCAAGGCGGCUGUCAUUGACUCGAUCGAGUUUGAUUUUGUGGACUUUUAG